AUGUUUGUUAGAACUAGUCUUGCCAAGUCAAUCUACCCAACUCGUUCCUAUUCAGUUUGGAACUGGUUCAGAGGCUGGGCUAGAGCUCCUCCAAUGCAACACUUAGUGUAUCCUCCCCCACAUUCUCAAUUCACGACUGGAAAUAGAAUAAUAGAUACUUGGAUCACCGAAACCAGUGAAUUGUACCCUUAUUUAGCGGUAAAGCAACCAUUAUUAUUAAAUUUUACUUAUGCUACUGAGAAAGACAACAAAAUAACCCAACAUCUUUUCGAUAUCUUGAGUCAACAGGAAAAAUAUCCUUUGAAAGAAGAUGUCUACUUGGUUAAUAUCUUGUGUGAUUCUCAAGGUGGUCGAGAAUUGAUGAUGGAAUAUUGUGUAGGUUCUCAUAUUCCUUGCCUUGUUGUGUUGAAGAAACAAUUGGUUGUGAAGACAUUCCCACUUGAUGAAGAAAAACAUGGUGAACAAGAUAUCAUUGAGAUGCUUAAGCAAAUUUAA